UAUGUUAUCUAUUCCCGCCAAGGAGCACCGAGAAAAUCUCCACACAGCCACCGCGCGCGACACAGAUGUCACUCUACACCUUCCCAACUCGCCCACCUUAUCCAAUCAUCACCUGCUGCGUGUCCCCUUCCCCCUCCCUAGCACCCACCAUCCCUUCUCCUCCUCCCUCCAUCCUCCCUCCAACCACUACCGCAACGGCCGUCCCCUUGCUGACUUGCGCCUUACAGUGCCCUCACUUCCAAUCGUGCUCUGGAUGCACUCACGAGUUCAAUCUACACCGUCCAAUCAUCGUAGAGGAAGCAACUGAUUUCUUCAAGAGUCUUGGAGUCUCAGAUUUUACUUUCGAUAGCUGUAGAUUGUGGGGAUGGAGGUGUCGAGCAAAGCUUGCCGUUCGUGGAUCAAUUGAUAACCCUCUGAUUGGACUCUACCAGGAGGGUACUCAUAACGUUGUGGAUAUUCCUCAAUGCAAAGCUCAUCACCCCAAUAUUAAUGCUGCUGUUGAGAUACUAAGACAAGGUAUUAGAGAAUUAAAUAUUGAGCCAUACAAUGAGGAUCAAGGGACGGGGGAUUUGCGAUACAUUCAGAUGGCUGUGACAACAUACAAUACAGCACUUCCUGCUGCUGAAAGAUAUAGAAAUGGUAGAGUACAGGUUGCUUUAGUUUGGAAUUCAAGAAAUGAGAAAUCAUCAAAUUCGGACAAAUUAAAUGCCUUGGCCAAAUUUCUGUGGAGAAAUGGUGGGCCAAGGAGUAACCUCUAUUUGAUUCACUCUGUAUGGGCUAAUUUUCAGACAUCUACUAACAAUAUUAUUUUUGGGAAUAGGUGGAGACAUCUUUUAGGGGAAAGAGAUUUCUGGGAACAUGUUGGAGGAAUUGAUAUGUCCUUGGAUCCCUCCAGUUUUGGCCAAGCAAACACACGGGCUUUUGAUAACCUGCUUCGGAAAUUACAUAAAUAUGUGCCUUAUGCAGCAUCUGUGGCUGAUUUGUAUGCAGGAGCCGGCGUGAUUGGAUUAUCAUUAGCUGCCACUAAAAAAUGCAGGUCUGUCAAAUGCAUUGAGAUUAACAAAGAAUCUAGGCCAUCAUUUGAGAAGACAGUUGACCGCUUACCAAACUCUAUACUGGGCAGCAUUAGCUGGCAUAAUGCUGACACAUCCAUUGAUCCUCUUUCUUGGCUUGUGGGAUCAGAUGUGAUUGUUGUUGAUCCUCCUAGGAAGGGAUUAGAUACAUCUUUGAUUGAUGCAUUGCGGACUAUAUCAUCACAAAAAGUUAAACCAUCAUUGAAAAGUUCAUCUUCAAAUAUAAAAGAAGAAAAGAGACCAUGGGUUUUACGUGAAAGAGAACAUGCAAAAGAAGCUUCAGUUCAAGUUGGAAGAGAAACAAUUUCAGCAGAUGCUCGAUCACUUCCAGAAACUCUCAUUUAUAUAAGCUGUGGGUGGGAAAGCUUCAAAGAGGAUUGCAAGUCCUUGUUGACUAGUAAGUCUUGGCAUUUGGAAAAGGCCCAUGGUUUUAAUUUCUUUCCCGGCACUCAGAGCAUUGAGGUUUUAGCUGUGUUCAAAAGGAAUCUCAAGAAAAAGAAAACAGGAAAGAAAAAGAAGAAACAGGCAUGAGGGACAGAGUGGCAUGGAUUGUGCAUUUAGUUUUUUCAAAUCUCUUCUCAGUUUAUGCCAUAAGAAAAUGGUCAGAACAUAGGUAGAAUAGUAGUUUCAUGGGAAAGAGUGGUACUAAAUUUGUGUCUCCUUCAUGGCAAAUUGAUCUCGGCUUCAGCAUGUUAAGAAGUCUUGGAGCUAAUGAGUACAUAUGUUGCAUAUGAGAGGACAGCAUGAUGUAAACAGGAAAAAAAUCUGUAUCAUUCAUUCUAGGAUCGGUGGAAAAACCUGCAAAACUGAGCGGAAAAAUGUGAACUGGCAAAGAAAAACGAAGGUAAAAGGAGAUGUGUGGUUCAAAAAAAUCUGCUA